AUGAACUUCUUCCGCCCCUCUCGCUCUCGCUCACACUACCCCAUCCAGGAUGACCGGCCAGCAAAGCGCAUCUCCACCCCUGCCGGCCAGCGUCUCUCCAUCAUUCUAGAAAACCAACGGGCCAACUCGCCAACCAGUCAAGACAGCACCGCCCGCAUCAACGUCACCACCGAGAGCACAUUCUGCAACGACCCCUCGCACCAGCACGUGGGCCCGGUACAGCAUACCCAGAGGAACGAGAGGAAGUCGGGUGGCAUCUUUGCCGCCUUUACCGGUGGCAAGUCAAGCACCCCCAACGACUGCUGUGGGAACAACAACAGCAACCUCAGCGUUAGCGUCUGGAGCGACAAGGACGACGAGAAGUUUGGCCAUGUAAGGCAAAAGAGGAGAAAGGGCAUCUUUGGCUGGGGCUGGAAGAAGACGGCUCUGGUCAUUGCCAUUCUGGUAGCCUUGAUCAUCGGCUUGGCAGUCGGCUUAUCCGUGGGCUUGAAAAAGCACCACCAUAGCGCAUCCGCAGAUGGAUCUCAAUCAGCGACAGAGGACAACAGCAACAACCAAAAUAAUCACCAUGGCUCCUCCGCCACAGCCAGCAACGCACCCUCUCGCACGACUACUGCUACUGCCAAACCGACUCUCCCUCCCAACUUCCCGGUUGGGACCUUUUCCUUUGUUGUUUUCCUCGAUACCACCACACCCGACUGCACUUCCAACGCAGACACCUGGACAUGCGCGCCCAACACCAACUACUACUCGGAUCCGCAAAAAGCCCUUACCGUUUUCAACUGGCAAGUCACUGGCACCUCAGGCUCGUACAAGAUUUCAUCCCAAGGAGAAGACACAAUAUUCGAUACCAUGUUCCAAAACGAGCCUCUUCAGCUGUUGGAUGCCGGCUUGGGCACGGAGCGCCUCAAGUUCCAGAUUUCCCGGUCAAAGACGGUCAACAUGACUGGCACUCUUGGGGGAACCAAGGGCGAUUUUGAAUGUGACUACGACGCAACGAACAUACAGGGGGCUCUGUACACCAAGAUGGCCCGUACCUAUCCCGACGACACCAUUGCUGUAAAAAAUACGGCGAACCCUGAGUGGCCGUUUGCCGUACGCAUUGAGCAAAAUGUGGCUGGUGGCCAGGGUGUGCCAGCCUGCAAGAAGUCAUCAGGCGGCAGCGUGGACAUCAAGGGUCAGGACGCAAGCACGCUAUGUGCAUGUCUCUACAGAAACUGGACACAGUAGUGUCUACGAACGCAAUUAAAAUUUCUUUGUAUCAUUGUUUAGCGUUUUCUUUUGUCUUGUUCCAUUACAGAUUCUCUAGUCAGCAUAGCAUAGCAUAGGAGUCCAUCAAAAAAAGACAUGGUUUGUGUAGGUUUUAAU